AUGCGGUUUUCGAGCUCGGCACUGUUGGGUUCAGCCCUCCUCAUCGGUCAGGGACUCUGCAAUAGUAACCCCGAGAACAAGCCUAGAGCCAUUCCAACACCGCGGUGGGAUACUCCCACUGUGCCCAACGACCUCCAGGCGUUCUCCAUUGAAUUUGCCUUCUUUCCUGACUAUGCGGGAAACAAAUCUCAUCCCAAUGAGUUCUCCAAGAACCUUCUUACCAACUUCAAGACUCUCACGGGCGUGCCGCCGACAGUGAGAGUCGGGGGAGAUCAUUCAUAUUAUCAUCCCGACCAAAAGGAGAACGUCGAGCUCAUCUAUGCGAACCCGAAUAAUGACCAGCCAGACACGAUCUACUAUGGCCCAGCAUUCUUCGAGUCCUACCAUACACUGGGCAACGUCAAGUUCUUCCACGGACUGAACUUGAACCAGAACCGCUCUAUCCAGAUACUUCAAGAGGCUGCGAUUGAGGCAUGCAUUUCUAUCGGUCCUCAAUUGGAGCUCUUCGAGUUGGGUAAUGAGUGGAAUUUCGCGCCUGGAGAAUACCGCACAGCUAACUACUCAAUGCUGGACUAUGUGCAUGAGUGGAACCAGAAAGCUGCCGCGGUCAAGGCCGCUGUUCAGAAAGCUUGCCCUGGACAUUUCCCCGGGUUCUUCGCGCCUAGUUUUGCGCUGCUUAACUUCAUCAAGAGCCAGUGGUCUGCGGAAGACCUCUUCAAACUUGGCUACGAUCCUCAUAACUUGAUAAAAGAGCUUUCGUUCCACAACUACAUGGGUGUCAACGAGCCACCUAAUAAUCCUCCGGUGGAUUGGGAUCUCCAACGCCUCCUUAUGAACCAUACCAGUAUCCAAGAGAGCCUAGCGACCCAGAUCCAGCGCGCCAAGAACCUCGCGUACCUCGGACAUCCUUAUGUUCUUGGAGAGCUCAACUCCAUCGCGAAUCAGGGCAUCACUGGCGAAACCAAUACAUUUGGAGAUGCAUUGUGGCUAGUUGAUUUCUCCUUCUGGGCUGGCGCUCAUAACAUCAAGCGCCUCCAUUUCCACCAAGGCCUUGACUACCGCUACGCCUCAUGGCAACCAAUCCUCGGCAAGGGCCAACCCCCUACCACUCGUCCCCCGUACUACGGCCAGAUCAUGGUUGCCUCUGCUCUUGGCCACUCGCACAACGCUCGCGUUGUCAACAUUCCCUUGAAUGAGGAAACCGAGUCCGCUUACGCCAUCUACGAUGGAGACAGGCUAUCCAAGCUUGCCAUCGUGAAUAUGCAAGCUUUCAACGAGACAACUACUGGUACCCGCCCGAGCAAGGAGUACAAGUUCGAGGUCCCAGGCCACUACCGUCAGGCCAAGGUUGAGAGUCUGAUUGCGCCAGGAAGCGAUGCUACAGAGGAAGUGACCUUUGCCGGCAUUUCGUAUGACCAUGACCUUGCGAUGGGCAAGCCCGUUGUGGUUGAUCCCAAAGAGAAGUUUGUGAUGAUUGAGGAUGGUGUACUUCGUGUUGAUGUACCUGAUUCCUCUGCCGUUGUUGUGUCGCUUAAUUGA